AUGGGCUUCUCAAAGCUCCUGCAUCGAUUUAGCAAAACAUCGCAUCAUGGGGAAGACGACACCAGUCUCGGCCAAGCGAAAGACAGUCGUACCCCGCAUACAGUGUUAGCAAUACCCGCUGAUGCCAUAGUCUCAAGACGGGGGAACACUCCAGGCUUGCCAUCUGGUAUUAAUCAGGAAGCACCCGACACCGAGGUAGCCUUAUCCGCUGCGACGACGCCGUUACUUCUAGUGACGCCUGCAGAAACCUCCGUUCUUGAGAAGUCUUCUGGCUCACCUCCAUCUACUGUACCGGUCGAAUCUCCAGAAUUGUCUGAAAAUGCAGCUUCUCUAUGGAGCCGCGCUUAUGUUGCGCUCCAAUCGGAAGAUGCCAAACUGGUGGACGAAUAUGAGAAACUACUCUCAAGAGAACUGUUGCAACAAGCUCUGCCUGGAAAUCUUCAACACAACACCAGUCAGAUUGGAAAUCAAAUCGACAAUGUCGACCCUGACAAGAGACAACAACAGUUGAAAUCCAUCAUGGACCGUGGUCUGCAGAAGAUAGAUGAGAAGCAGACCAAGUACACUAUUUUCGGCACCGAAUUUGUCUUACGUGAUCAGAUUUCACAAACCGUAAACCUCGUUCAAAGUAUGAAGGGCGUCAUUGACGAGGCAGUGAAGGGAUCCCCCGAAGCCUCCCUUGCCUGGGCCGGGGUCUCUGUUCUUCUCCCAAUCUUGACGAACCCAAGUGCAGCUGCCGAGGCGAACCGAGACGGCUUGACAUAUGUCACUUCUCGCAUCCGCUACUAUGUUGAGCUUGAGACCCUCCUUUGGCCACGGAAUUUGAACAAUUCAGAGCUAAAAGGGGAAUUUGACACUCAUAUCACCGAUCUAUACCAGCAUAUUCUCAAGUUUCAGAUCCAAUCCGUUCUCCGAUUCUACAGGAAGUGGAUUUUAAACAUAGGGCGAGAUGUGAUCCGCUACGAUGAAUGGGAGAAAAUGGUGUCAAAAAUCAAAGAACUAGAACAGAUUGUGAAAGACGAAUCCAGCGCCUUGAAUACCAUAUCUUCGCGCGAAACCUUGGAAGCCGCGAAUAAGCAGGCGGGACGACACUAUGCUGAGAUGCAAUCACUACUGUCAGUAACCAAGGAAAUCCUGCAAGUGUCUCAAGACCACCGCGAUAUUUCAUCCGAGCAUCUUGCCGUACAUAAACGCACAAACCAAAUACUGGAAGACCGCCCGAUAGACCUUCCGACCGUCAAUGAGGCACGAUACGACAGUGCCGAUGUCCAGGAUAGUCCCAAAUGCGAGAGCGGUACAAGAUUAGGUAUCCUGAAAAGGAUACAUCAAUGGAUCGAUGAGCCGUCAGCUGAGCCUCUUUUUUGGCUUGUCGGUCCUGCGGGGACCGGUAAAUCAACCAUCGCUCGCACCGUUGCCGACUUUCUCUACGAGAACAAUCGACUAGCUGCUGGCUACUUUUUCAAGAGAGGCGAGAAAGGCCGCAACGACACGGCUCGAUUUUUUCCCACUAUUGCUAUGCAGCUGGUCGACACAAUCCCACAUUUCAAGAAUUCUCUCCGGAAAUCUCUCGAUGGUUCGGAUAAAACCACAGUAGAAGGACAAGGGCUUAAAUUUCAGUUCGAAAAGCUUCUUCUACACCCACUUGUCGACAUUUCGUCUGAACAGUCGGGUAUCUCAACCAAGGUAAUCAUCAUUGACGCGAUGGAUGAGUGUGAGCGCCCUGAACACCUCUCGCAAGUUCUCAAUCUAUUUUGUCAGCUUCAAUCUGUCAGCUCAGUACGCUUGCGUGUGCUACUCACCAGCAGAUCGGCUCCUGAGAUUGUCAAUACGUUUGAGGAACUCCGUAAAAACAAGGAUUUUCGCAGUCUAGAGCUCCUGCAACGCGAAUUCUCCAAGGAAACUCAAGUCGACAUACAUACCUUCCUCGAGAAAAGAUUCAAGGAGAUAAGGUUGAAGCGCAAGGUCAAACAGGACCCUUGGCCUGCCCCUGAGGAUUUCAGUCGCUUGUUGCAGCUAGCUACCAAUCCGGAACCGCUUUUCAUCUACGCGGCGACCCUUUGCAGAUUUGUUUACGACGAAAAGCGCCCAAAGAAUCCAAAAAAAGCAAUUGGAGCUGUGGCUUAA